GCUAUUACAUACCCCAUCAUGCGGUAACAGGUAAAUUUCGGGUGGUAUUCAACGCGUCCUGCAAAACUACCAGCGGAGUGUCAUUGAACGACACUCAGUUUUCGGGACCACAGCUCCAGGACAAUUUGAUUGAUAUUCUUCAUCGGUUUCGACGCUAUCGGAUAGCUAUAACAGCCGAUGUCAAGAAGAUGUUUCGACAGGUUGAGAUCAAUCCCUUGCAUCGUAAAUGGCAACGCAUCUUGUGGCGGGAAUCUCCAGUCGAACCACUACGUAGCUUCGAGUUAGCCACAGUAACGUAUGGAAUGACAAGCAGUCCAUACAAUGCUAUUCGCUCCUUACGCCAAUGUGCUGUAGAUAACUACACCAUUGUGGAGGACGAAAACCGGGCUUCUACAGCAAGGAACAGUAUCCUUGAUGGAUUUUACGUCGACGACUAUUUGGAAAGUUUUGACUCUUUGGUGGAAGCUGUUAGUUGUGCUCAUGAUGUUGAUGCGAUCCUUCGUCAAGGUCAGUUCAUUCUUGACAAAUGGAAUUCGAACUGCGCCAAAGCACUUCAUGCUAUCACCGAUCCAGAGAAAUCUGUUACAGAAAUUGAAUUAUGCGAUUCCAACGCCACUGUGUUAGGCUUACAUUGGAAUCCGUUGAGCGAUGAGCUCUUUUUUAAGGUGAGAAUUGAAGACUCACAUAGACUACCAACAAAGCGUAGUAUCCUAAGUGACGUUGCAAGGCUGUAUGACCCGAUUGGUAUACUAGCGCCAGCUGUAGUUCUGGCCAAAAUGUUCAUUCAAACCCUGUGGAGGAAGGAUCUUAACUGA